AUGAGUUCGAUCCGGUCGCUCGGCCUCCAUGAGCCCAGCGCUUUAUCGUAUCUUGUGGCCGAGUCCAUACUGCCUGCCGAUCCUCACGCAUCUCUUUAUAGGUGGUCAGUCUCACAAGUUCGGGACGAAUGUGGCCCUGGUCUAGUUGAAGAAGAAAUCCUUACCACACAACAUUAUGUGGUAUGGUCCAGGAAUGGUGCAAUUAAGAGAGCAUCGAGCCUCAAGGUGGAAGGGGAGCCCAUUCUCCAUGCCUUUGUCACUCGUUUUGGACCAGGGGAAGGAGUCGAAUCUAGGCGGCAAUGGCACAGCGAUGACGAGAACUCGUGGGAGUGGGCUCUGGUGGUGGUACUUAAAACUCAGGCACACAUAUUCCUUCUCUCUGGCGAAACCCAUGUUCUACCCUUGUCUUUUGAGGUCGGAGCUGCCUUUCCCUUUGCCCUUGGCUUUAUCCUACAGCGAAGGCUGGGAGACAGUGAGCUUAGUGGCCAUGCUGAGCCGCCUCACCAUGACCUCAGCACCAUCAACGAGACCCUGACCUCCAUCGGCGGCAACAGCUCAAGGCCGUCACUGGUCUUGCCAGAGAACCUUCACUCGAACCCGAGGCCCGUGCAAUCAAAUGCCAAUGGAAUGCCCCGUACAUUUUCCUUCACUGAGAUAAUGUCGGAGCUGGGCUUGGUGGUGUGUAGCCCACGUCGCAAAGGUGAACCCCUGGACGAGUGCAAUGCCCUGCCGCGCUCGGAAAAAUUGGUCUUCAUCUCUGGGAUUGCUGAAUCAGGCUUUGCUGAUCCCCCCAGCUCCCCAGUCUGCAUGGCAUUAUCCUUGAAUGAGACAACGUCCACCUUUACCCUCUGGCAUGUUGGCCGAGGUCCAGUAACGGAGCAUGGCCGACAAAGAGCCAAAAAUGACCGGCACCAUCGGUCACGGACAUCGGUAAGAAAGAGCUCGAACGUCUAUGGUCGAGACACAGGCAAUUUGAGAGAGAGCCUUCUGGGUUCUCGCCAGGGCCACCCUGACAACGGUCCUUAUUCCUCCUUGGAAGAGAAAACGUCUUUUCCGGCAGAUGACCUGGCCUCACAGCUUGGGCCCGAGUUCGGAGACGUGAGGGUGCAGACUCGUUCAGCACGGAGAGUUAGCUCCAUGUUAGCACGGACAGACCUAGGAUCAGCUAUGGACAGGAAUACGUUCAAUGACCUGGCACUGGGUCAUGCAGGUCGGAAGAGUCUGAAUCGCGCAGCCAAACGAGGUGAGUCGAUCGGUAGUCUCAACGAUCGUCAGAGUUUUGGUUUCCGACGAAGAAGCUCUUACCCGACAAAUGCAUCCAUCUUUAGCACUGGCACCUCCUUCCUGGACAUCUCAGCACGCGGAUUGUUACAGGAGAUGGAUCCCUUGCGGCAAUCGACACGUCUCGAGGAGGAUGCUUUGGAAACAUCAGAGUCCAAUCUGCCCAGAACUAUCGGGUUCUUCAAAGUCAAGAGUUUUUCAAGUGCCCAGACCUCGACUCCCACCAGCCCGCAUGAAGACCUAAAGGUUUUCCAGCUCAACAGUCCGAGCUCGCUCGGUCACGAUGGCCAGCGAUUGAGGGAGGUCUACCUAUGCGUGAUGGACAAGAUUGCGCAGGAGAUGAUUUUAGUCAGGGUGUUGGUGAAAUUCCACACUCCAGCUAGCAGCCGCAAGGAACCAAUCUCAAAAUCUUCUUUCGAGCUGAAGGUCGCCGAGGUUCGUCGAAUGCCCGGCAUCAGGGACGCCUGCACAGUCAAUGAUGGCCCUGUCCAGCGGUUGGUCGUUCUGACGCAGGCACGGUCCCAGAUCACGAGUCUUACCCUCGAAGCACCCUGGUCACCAUCAUUCCAUAUCCAGCUGCCGGAGUGGUAUGCGGUCUAUGAUGCUUUUCUCAGCGCCCAAUGGCCUAAUCCUAGGAAAGACAAAGAUACCGGGAUAAGGAGGGCCAUACAUGGGGCAGAGGUGAAGAUCGAAGGUCUACUCAACUCGGGAGUUGAGGCGCAGAUAUAUGCUGUGGACCACGAGGAUCGCCAGCACUCUUUGGGAAUUUGCCUUGCUCCUCGAGACGGCCUUGUCCGCCAAAUCUUGCAAAUGUGUGGAUUGAUUCUGGGUCCGAAUCAAGAAGAGACCCUUCACGUGGCAUUCUGGGAGGUUUGCAGAUGGUUGAGAAGCCGAGAGCCUCCACUAACGUCUGAGUGGACUGCAAUGGUCGUUGUGCUUUUCUCCUUGGCAGUCCCUUUCAUAAGCAAUCAGCAUCCUAAAUCAACGCCCAGUCGGCGAAAGAAGACCGGUCUAUUGCGGUCCAGCAGCGGAGGUGCCAUCGAUCUUACCAAUUACCAUCUCAUGCAUAACGAAGGCCACGAACUGGCUCCGGAGUUAGGCACGCGAGAUUCAGCUUGGAAUUGGCUAUCGCAGAGACCAGUUCCAAAUGCGACAGUGUCACCAAAGUCUCAACACACUAGGGCUGCAAGCGCCAUCUCUUUUCACGACAAGGUCGAGAAGAAUUCAUUCUUGAUGGGAUGUAUAACCAUGGCGAGAGAGUACACCCAGACGCCCUUGGGAGAGGCUGCGCUGGGUCCGGAGGGUUACCUACCGACAUCGAUCAACAGAGAUCGCGAACAACGCUGCAAUGCCAUACCUAGCAUUUUACUCGGUCUGCAUCUUCUUUACGAAGAAGGUAAACUCAGCGACACAUCCGCAGCAAAUCUAAAGGGAUCCAAAGACAGCCUCCUGCUGGUUCUGGUCCAACUAGGCCGCUGGCUCGGAUGGAGAGACUGGACAGCUGGAAGCAACACUUAUUAUGAAUCUGAAUCGGCAGAAGUGAUGGAAACUUUGUACGACGACUCUUUGAUAGACGGCCUACGCAUUCCAGCUCAACCAUUCCCACCACCUUCGAUAUACCAACAUUUGGAUGGCUGGAUCAGUGGUUCUUCUCCAGCUUCCUUUCUGACCUUGGCACGGAUAUCUGGUGUGACGGCCCCGAGCAGUCCUGACGAUCCAUUAUGGAGAAUGAUGUUUACAUUGACUCCACGCACAUCAGCAAUCUUGUCCUUCAUAGACCAUGCAGACGAACAGCCUGGUCCAGCAAAGGCACUUGACAAUCUCCCUCGUUCUGGGGUGAGUGAUCAUAUGUUGACAACGUUCCCUGACGGAGUUGCUGCCGCCUUCUUCCAAGCCAUCGCUUCGAGACGGUUCGGGAUGUCCCGACUUUCGAGCCCUGGAAAUCAGCUUGUUCUCGGAAUUGAUACUGGAACCCGACAAACCUACGGCACAAGUCACUCUUUACACAAGCAGCAAAUGAUGCCAUCUCACGAAGCUAAUCGAGACUACCAUACAGUUUGCUCAUCUGCACUCGAGGCAGAAACGCUACAACGGUGGGAUGCAUCGGCUGAAGCUGACCGACAAGCAAUUACAAAACUGAUAUUCCAUGAAGAUCGUCGAUUUCAAGAGGCUUCGAAGAUUGUGAACCAGACGAGGCCUCCGCUCGUGGAAUGUACUCCUGAACCCGACUGGAGCGAGGUGGAUUUGCUGGAGGCGCAAAAAGCACUGGCACAGCAUGUCGCAAGAAGGACUUUGUCAGUCGCUGCAGGACGAGGCAUGAUGCAUUUCACUGCCCGUGUCCCAUUGCUGACCGAAAGGGUGCCUAUACCUGCGUUCAGCUUGCAAUGUGUCAUGAAACCUCGGAACGCGAGUGAAAGCACUCAAGCCAUGACGUUUAGUGCAGACAAAUCCACAUUUACAGAAGAGAAGGUCUGUUGGGCGUUCUUCCAUAAUGGCGCAUCGAUGGGCCUGAUGAUCUCAAGCGACGCUCAGGGGAUGGAUACUUCCUGGAUCCUUUACAACAAGCCGCCCGAGCUCACAAACCGGCACGCUGGGUUCUUGCUGGCCCUCGGACUCAACGGACAUCUGAGAUCACUUGCCAAAUGGGUUGCCUUCAAGUACCUUACGCCCAAGCACACCAUGACAUCCGUCGGAUUGCUGCUCGGACUGUCAGCUUCCUUUCUGGGGACUAUGGAUACCCUCAUCACUCGUCUCCUGUCUGUUCACGUAACUCGUUUACUGCCCCCUGGUGCUGCCGAGUUGAAUCUUUCACCACUCACACAGACUACUGGAAUAAUGGGCAUCGGCCUGUUGUACCAUAACUCCCAGCACCGUCGCAUGUCUGAGGUUAUGCUCUCAGAAAUCGAAAACAACGAUCCGGAAGAAGGUGUUGCGUCCGAAAAUGUUCUUCGUGAUGAGGGCUACAGGCUUGCGGCCGGCUUCUCCCUGGGUCUCAUAAAUCUCGGCCAGGGAAGGCGGCUGCAUGGUCUGCACGAUGUGGGCCUCGUCGAGCGUCUGCUCACUAUCGCCGUCGGUACCAAGAACGUCAACAUGGUACACGUACUGGAUCGCGCCACUGCUGGAGCUGUUAUGGCACUCGCAUUUGUCUUUCUCAAAACGAAUAGCGAAGCUAUUGCCAAGAAAGUCGACGUUCCGGAUACAUUGCACCAAUUUGACUAUGUGCGGCCGGACAUCUUUCUCCUGCGGACGUUGGCUCGACAUUUGAUCAUGUGGGACUCCAUCCAGCCCACUCAGGACUUCAUCAGGACGUCGCUUCCCAAGCCUUAUACAUGGCGCAGUGAUUUGAGAUCGACAAAAGUCCUUAGUACUGAAGAUAUGCCUUUCUUCAACAUUGUUGCAGGCAUCUGCUUUGCUAUUGCCUUGAGGUUCGCGGGGUCGCAACGCCAUGAUGUUCGCGAUCUGUUGGUCUCUUAUCUUGAUCAAUUCAUCCGAUUGAGCCGCUUGCCUGCUCGGAACUACGACGCGCGGGUGACGUUGAAUAGUAUGCGGAAUUGUCUUGACGCACUUGCGCUGGCCACGGCCUCCGUAAUGGCUGGUUCCGGCGACAUACAUGUGAUGCGUCGUCUACGUGCUCUUCAUGGACGAGUUGAUAAAGAGACGCCGUUUGGGAGUCACCUUGCAGCUCACAUGGCCUUAGGCGCACUGUUCUUGGCCGGAGGUACCCGGACAUUCGGCACUUCAAAUCUCUGUAUUGCAGCCCUGUGCAUAGCCUUCUAUCCGGUUUUCCCCAGCGAUGUCCUCGAUAAUCGAGGCCAUCUACAGGCUUUGCGCCACCUCUGGGUUCUUGCCGUCGAGGGCCGAUGCCUUGUGGCGAGAGAUGGUGACGCAGGCGGCUCUGUUGCCGGUGGCGUGACCGGUCUCAUCCAUCUACAAGAUGGCACCACCCAAGUCAUCCGCUUGCCUAGCUUGAUUCCCGAGUUCCACACGAUCAAGGCCAUUGAGAUCAAAGGUGCAGGCUUCUGGGACAGUUACACCGAUUUUGGGGCAGGCGACAAGCAGCUUCUGGUGAAAAUCAAGCAGGAAAACGCAGUAAAUGUCGUGCUGCGCCGGAGAGUCGCCUACGAUACACCAUCCAAAGAUCUCUUCAGGGCAGAAUUACAGGCGGGGGCUGAAGCCAUGGGCAUCCCUAGCGUUGACCCGAAUGCCAUUCCAUCGUACGCUCAGAUUACAACCAACGCAGAACCUUUGGAGUGGCUGUUCAGUCUUGAAGCUUUCAAAGACUUCGAUCACGCCGAACGAGCACUCAUAUUGGCUCCGACACCUGUGGACAGUACUACUUUUCUCCAAACAACGGUUGUGGAUUCAAGACUGGAGUUCGAGAAGGGUAUCCUCCCACCAGCCGUGGAGAAGGGUAAGCUAGAUAAAGACAGGCUGUGGCAAUUGCGCCUCUUGUUUGCUUGGUUUGAUCGGUGGGAGAGGGAGGAUGAGGAGCUUGAGCGGAGACGGAAAGAUCAGGGGGGAAGCCACGGCGUGCGAGAAGCUGCUGGUGAUGACAAAGAGAAUGAUGGCGAUAAGUGGUUCUCGGGGACAGGAGGGAACUGGUUACGCAAAGAAGUUAUCGAGCGAUUGAGAUGGCGGGUGUGGAACAUGACUACGGGCGGCGCCGGCAAGGGUAGCCACGAUGACGACGAGGACGACUAA